CAGAGGCUUUUCCAAGAAGAGUCACGCGUUCCUGCCUAAGAUAUUUCGGAAGAUGUCUUCGCAGUCGGCAAAGGAGAGGCCCGAGGGCUUGCAGUACCCCUUCCUCGAUGACGACGACACCAUCGCCACGGUCAAAGAAUCCAAAACCUUCUUCAUCCUGAGGGGCCUCCCCGGCAGCGGGAAGUCCACCCUUGCCCAGGCUAUUCAAGACAGGUAUAAAGAUGCCUGCAGGGUGAUUUCCGUCGAUACCUAUAAAAUUGUCCCUGCGAUAAGAAGCACCAUCCCUGAAGAAUACUCCAAAGUUGAUGAGGAUCUAGUUGAAUGUUUCAAACGAGACAUCAGCGUUAUCGUUUUGGAUGACACUCACCAUGAAAGGGAACGGCUGGAUCAACUGUUUGAUAUUGCUGACAAAUACCGGUACAAAAUCAUCUUUGCGGAGCCAAAGACGCAGUGGAGAAUAGAUUGCUUGCAGCUUAAGGAGAAGAACCAGUGGAAACUGUCCGUGGAAGAGCUGAAGAAGAUGAAACCAAGCUUGGAGAAAGAUUUCCUACCCAUGUAUUUCGCAUGGUUUUUGAGUAAAAGAAGUUCAGAGAUCCUGCGGAAGACUGGUCAGGUCUUCUUAGAUGAGCUUGGAAGCCUUAAAGCCUUCAAAAAGGAGAGUAAAUACUUUGCUCCUGCUAUCGAAGAUCCCAAAAUAAAAAUAGAUCUCACCAGCUACUUCGUGAAGAGGCCGCCCGGCGUCCUGCACUGCACCACCAAAUACGCCGAUUUUGGGAAGGCGGCCGGCGCCGAGGAAUACGCGCAGCACGAAACCGGCCUCGACCUGCUCGAGUUCGUCAAGCUGGAGAAGGCAGGGAACAAGGGCGAAGACGUGGGGGAGCUCGGGGCAGGGAAGCUGCAGUAUUUCAAUAAUGGUAUGUGGAUGCUGGUGCUUUCCAAGAAGAUCGAUGUGAGGGCGAUCUUCUCGGGUUACUACGGCAAAGGCAAACUGGUGCCCACGCAGAGCACCAACAAGCGGGGCUCUGCUUUUAGUUCCUGCACCAUCAUCUAACAGCGCGGGCAGGAGAGCUGCUUGGUUUGCUACCACUUGUAUG